CCGCCCGGAAGAAAAAAAGUAGUCCCCCUGGCCAGGAGCGGCGGCGGAGGAGAGGAGGAGGAGACGACUUCCGGGGGCGAAGCGAGGCGGAGGCGGCGGCGUCUCCCUGCAACGACGAUCCCGACCGGCGAGGAGGCGCCCCCGGCUGGGCCGCCCGAAGCAAAGCACCAUGUUGGGCUCCGGGUUCAAGGCUGAGCGCUUGAGAGUCAACCUGCGCCUCGUCAUCAAUCGUCUCAAGCUGCUAGAGAAAAAGAAAACUGAACUAGCCCAGAAAGCAAGGAAGGAGAUUGCCGACUACCUGGCUGCUGGCAAGGACGAGCGGGCUCGCAUCCGUGUGGAGCACAUCAUCCGGGAGGACUACCUGGUGGAAGCCAUGGAGAUCCUAGAGCUGUACUGUGAUCUGCUGCUGGCGCGCUUUGGCCUCAUCCAGUCGAUGAAGGAGCUGGACUCUGGCUUGGCAGAAUCGGUCUCCACCCUCAUCUGGGCUGCCCCCCGGCUGCAGUCUGAGGUGGCUGAACUGAAGAUUGUCGCUGACCAGCUGUGUGCCAAGUACAGCAAAGAGUAUGGCAAGCUGUGCCGCAGCAACCAGAUUGGGACAGUCAACGACAGGUUGAUGCACAAGCUGAGUGUAGAGGCACCUCCCAAAAUCCUGGUGGAGAGGUACCUGAUUGAGAUAGCAAAGAACUACAACGUACCCUACGAGCCGGACUCAGUGGUCAUGGCUGAGGCUCCUGCAGGCGGGGAAGCAGACUUGAUUGAUGUGGGAUUUGUGGAUGAUGCAAAGAAAGGUGGCCGUGGAGGAGGGGGUGGUGGCGGCGGCUUCAUGGCCCCCCUGGCUGGUCCUGAUGGAGUCGUGCCCAUGCCGAUGCCCAUGCCGUCUCCAGCUCCCCCUUUCUCCUAUCCUGCUCCCAAGGGGCCGGAGAACUUCAAUGGGCUGCCUGUGGGGACGUACCAGCCUUUCACCAGCCUUCAUCCCCCUCAGAUUCCAGCCAUGCCUCCAACAUACGAGUCUAUUGAGGACAUUGGUGGUGACAAGGACUUGCCCCCACAGGUGGCCGAUCCCAGACCGAAGCCAGAAGCGAUGGGGAGGCCACCAGCUGGAGUGCCCACUUUGGGCGAUAAUUUUGUGCUGCCAGAGUUGCCCUCCGUGCCAGACACAUUGCCUGCGGCUUCUGCGGGCGCCAGCACUUCUGCCUCGGAAGACAUUGAUUUCGACGAUCUCUCCCGGAGAUUUGAGGAGCUGAAGAAGAAAACCUAAGGGUGCCGUGCCAGGAGGCGGCUGCUCCCUCCCUCUCUCAGCACCACCGCCUGUGCUUUUCUCCUCCUCCUCCUCCUGGCCUUUCUUCCCACUGUCCUUACACCAAAUGCCGCUGCUUUCCUUCUGCCCUUUGCUCUGCUCCAGGAGAGGGAACUGCAGGAAACGACGCUCUGUCCUGGAAGGAGGUGCCGAGGGCCCUCCCUGGUUCUGCACCAGCUGGGGUGUGAGCGGACAGGCCUGAAUGUCGAGGCCGACCCGAUGCGGUGGGAGUCCCUGGCCGGCUGUCUGCUGUGCUGCAGGGGCUGCUGCCUCAGGCCCCGCCGGUAGCUUGCUUUUGCCCGCCACUUUCUCAGGGAGCCCUCUGGGGCCUUUGCGACUCUCCUGCUGGGGAGAGCGGCCACAGACGCCAAGACUUGCACAAGAGGCUGCCCUCUUGGCCACUGGCAACACCCCCGAGGUGGCGGCAGCGGGAGCCCAGCUCUGCCUUACCCUGGCCCAGCCCCGGGCCCGCCCUCCCCAGCUGGCUUCAGGGCAGGUUUGCCUCCUGGGCGGGGUCGCCUGGCCAGUGAUGAGCAAGGCCCCAAGCGGCUGCUCGAGGCCAGCCGUGGUGCCAGCCGGUGCCCUCUGCUCUCCCAUUGAACAUCGCUGUACGUAACACUUUCACGUGGUUUUUCUGGAACAGUUGGAUGGGUUUGUACCUUCUCUCUUCAUUCUGAAAUAAAACUGAGUCACCGUC